AUUUGUCAUCUGAGAUAAAGUGGAUUUGCCCAUCACUGUAAACGUCUCGUCUUUUUCAUGUACCAGGUCGCUAUGCCAUGCAGGCCAUGAAGCAGAUGGAACCCCAGAUGAAACAGGCCCUUCAGAGCUUCCCUAAAACUGCAUUUGGAGGAGGCUACUAUAGAGGUGGAUUUGAACCAAAGAUGACAAAGAGAGAAGCUGCUCUGGUUUUAGGUGUCAGUCCCACAGCCAACAAGAAUAAGAUCAGAGAAGCUCAUAGAAAACUGAUGAUCCUGAACCAUCCAGAUAGAGGUGGAUCUCCCUACUUAGCAGCAAAGAUAAACGAAGCAAAGGAUCUGAUGGACGGGCAGGCCAAGAAAUAAAAGUGGAGAUGCUUAUUCAUGCACUGACUGACUUGAAAGUUUUUCUAACUGAUUGUUCUAAAAAUAAAAUCACGCUGUACAAGUGCAGACCAGAAUCCUGUCAUUAUUACUGCUCAGUUUAUAUUGACUUUGUGAAAUUCUAUAAAGAGGUUUCCAUUUGACAGAACUUCAAAUUGUUGUUUUGCGUUUUUUAAGAUCACACAUGAAGUGUGUUUCUUAGUCCAACCUACAGAUGUCUCAUAAGCAGUUACUAAACUUAAUGGAGUCAUUGAGUAUUAUGCAUUUCGAGAGAGAACAAAGACAGUUUUUGUACUUGUGAUUUUACUAGAUACAUUUGGACGUGAAUAUUAUGUUGCAUUAACUUGAAAAUGUUUUUUUAGCGACAGCACGCUGUUGUUAAUGUGGUAAAAUGUUAGUUGGUUUGAACACUUUAGCAUUAGCAGAAACUUCAAAAAAGUUUCUGUGCUUACUGAAAUUACACUUAUGCGAUGUUCCGAUGUGACAGGUUAAUUCACUCAAAAGCAGAUUUGUGGCAUUUAAAUCAACUUAAGCAGGUGAAACAUUUUGCAUUUGCAUAUGGAAAUGUUUUGAAGCUUAGCCAGUGAAAAGAAGCCGGUUGUAUGCGGAAAAAGAAAUUCUGUCUGAUGGAUACUGAAACAUGAGUGGUGACCAAAUCAACAGCUUCUAAGUCUGUGAACUUAGCAACAUGAAACUGCCUGUGACUCCACAGAGGGUGUGUUGGCAGGAUCCCAUCUGUGGUGAAAACACUUCAUUACGUUAAGCCAAAGACAACUUUUCCUAUUUCUUAUUUCAUAAGUUUUUAACUUGUAAAAGAGACACCACAGCUAUCAUAUACAAAUCAUGGCUAGUAAAGGAUGCCUACAUUGUAUUCAUACAUUUAAUAAUCUUUCUGGCUGCAGAAUAAUACAAAAACUAACAAGACACUUUUCAAUAAACUUGGUCAAGAGUUAGA